AUGGCUGUCCUGUUCGGCGCUCAGCGUGGCGACUCGUCUGAUGACGAUGAUGUACCAGAUCUGUCGACAUGGAAGUCCAGCACCCUGCCGAAGGCAACUGGGGGCAAUCCUGCGCCAGUGGCCCAGACGACAGCGAAUACAACGUCGCGAACCUACAAUGCAAGGAAUAUUAACCCAGAAAGUGAGACAAUGCGGCGUGAACUUCAACUCAGUCCGAAGAGACAGUCCUCAUCGAUACUUGGGUUUCAAGCAAUCAACACUCCCGCCCGGCAUGGCGCAUCUAAGGUAUUGGCCACACCAGAAGUAGCAAUGAGCGAUGUCAGGAACGCAGACAAGCAGGACAUAGACGGUGAUACUACAAUAGAAAUUGUUAUUGAGAAUAUUGAUCGCUCCGAGUAUGAGGAUCUGUCCGGAGGUGGCUCUAGUGUACGCAGCAUUCUUCGCGCCAUCACGGGCGAGGACGGUGAUACUAUGUACGAAGUAGCCUUUGGAAAUUAUCUAGUCGAUCAGCUUACUCUUGAACAACUCGAAGAAUAUACAAACGGCCGUCAAACACUCCAGAAGUUUGAACAAGAACAAGCUUCCAAAAAAGCAGCAAAGAAAGUUGUGCGCCGCAGCACAAGCAAGAUUGACACCCGACACUCAACUAUGUCUUCCUCACGACCUGGCGCGAGGACGCAACAGCGCCCAGGCUUUGUCAAUACCAUAGACAACAUUAGUAUCAGCGGAUCGGAUGAAGAGCAAGCAUCAACACGUCGCAGUUCGCGAAGGAGAAGACAAGACACAGAAGAAGAUGGCAACGAAGCUGACUUUGGUCUCGGUGACAGCCCAGAGUCCGAAGACGAGCAUGUGAAUAUGGCUGAGGACGACUCGGAUGACAAGGCGCCGAGGCGCAGGAGUAGCUGUGCAGUCAAGACAAAGACAGAUACACGACGACGUUCAGGUCGCAAGGCACCAGCUUCCGAAGAUGACGAGGAUGAAGACGAUCUUCCACUCAAAUCCGACAUCUACAAGGGAACUAAACGUAAACGUGAACCCCACGGCAUGCGACACUCAGAGCGAUCAACUCGCCACACUGGAGGAAUGCAAGAAAUUGAAGUCGACAAUAUAUAUCGCUCGUCGUCGGACGAGACUGCUGCUCCGGUCAGACCCAAGACCACGAGCACGCGGGAGGUAUUCCAGGCUUUGCCUCGCAGCGAUGACUUCCGGAUGCGGCAUAACCAAUUCUGCGAUACAUGCGGGCAAGGUCAGAAUGCGGCGCCUCUGAUUUAUUGCCAAGGUUGCAGUCUAAGCUAUCACAAGUCGUGCUUGGGACAUCGGACAGGCCGGGAGCAUCUCGUUACUAAAAUUAGCGAAGACAAUUUUGUUUUACAAUGCCGUCGUUGCGUCGCCUUUCCGAAAAAGAAAGAUCCAGUUGCGCCCGAUCACGCCAAGUGCCAAGAUUGCCGCGAGCCUGGCCUCAGCUGUCGUCCAUUUCGCCGUCGCACCACACCAGCACAGGAACAGAAAGCAAGGGAUGAGAACGACGGAGUGGAUCCUGCGACUCAUGUGGACUCCUCUCGCAUCAACAACGCAGACAAUGUUCUCUUCCGAUGUACAGCCUGUUUCCGAGGCUUUCACUACGAGCAUCUGCCGUCCCGUAGUGACAUGUUGGAGCUGGAAAUGGCAGUUGACGCAGAACAACGCUUUCGCGAAUACAGUCGAGAUUGGAAAUGCCGCGACUGCGUUGAGCAGCCUGCCAAGGUUUCAGGAAUCAUUGCAUGGAAGCCUAUGGAUGAAGAUGCCUACGAUCCGAACAAUGGCCUCGAAGCUGUGGAAGAAGACAAUAAGAUCUACCUUGUCAAAUGGGAGGGUAUGUCUUAUUUCCGUGCGCGCUGGAUGGCCGGCGCUUGGGUUUGGGGAGUCACGGCUUCGGGUAUGCGUAAAGCGUUCGCCAAGCGUGAAGAUUCUCAACAUCCCAAGAUGCGAACGGAAGACGCCAUUCCAGAAGACUACCUCCGAGCCGAUAUUGUUCUAGAUAUCAAGUUCACCAGCAUUGUCGAUAUCAACACAGAAGAGGUUGACAAGGCUCGAAUCCGCGAAGUCGACAAAACUCUCGUCAAAUACAAAGGUCUCGGUUACGAGGAUGCCGUGUGGGAGGCGCCGCCAGCGCCAGAAGACGGUGAUCGCUGGACUGACUUCGUCACGGCUUACAACGAUUGGGUGGCGAGACGAUAUGUCAAGCCGCCUAAAUGCCCUGCGCUCAGGACUCGCAUCGAACGAGCACGCAAGGAAGACUUUCAGAAGCUUGAGAAGAAGGCUCAACCUGCAAACUUGGUCGGUGGCGAAUUGAUGAAGUAUCAGAUUGAAGGACUCAAUUGGCUGUAUUACAAAUGGCAACAACGAAAGAACGCCAUCCUUGCUGAUGAAAUGGGUCUCGGCAAAACGAUCCAGAUCAUUGGGUUGCUCGCUACCUUGGUCCAGGAUUGGACUUGUUACCCGUUCUUGGUCGUCGUUCCAAAUUCAACCUGUCCGAAUUGGCGACGCGAGAUCAAGCGCUGGGCUCCGAGCUUGCGCGUCGUUGCGUAUUAUGGUUCACAGCAGAGCAGAGAUCUGGCUCAUCGCUACGAGCUCUACCCUGAAGGUAGUCGGGUUCUUCGCUGUCAUAUUGUAGUCACUAGCUAUGAUGCCGCCGCUGACGAAAACUGUCGGAAGUUCUUCCGUGGUGUUCCCUGGCAGGGCCUGAUUGUCGAUGAAGGUCAGCGAUUGAAAAAUGACAAGAACCAACUCUACUUGGCCCUUGAGGCGAUGAAAAUUCCUUUCAAGGUCCUUAUGACCGGUACACCUCUGCAAAACAAUCAGCGUGAGCUGUUCAAUCUCCUUCACUUCUUGGAUGAAACCUUUAAUGCAGCAGAGCUUGAAGCGGAGUACGAGGAGCUUGAUCCACAGAAGCUCGCAAGACUACAUGAGCUCAUUCGACCGUUCUUCUUGCGACGCACAAAGGCGCAGGUCUUGACGUUCUUGCCGCCCAUGGCUCAAAUCAUCGUCCCGGUCAGCAUGUCCAUCGUACAAAAGACUCUGUACAAGAACAUUCUUGCGAAGAAUCCUGAUCUGUUACGAUCCAUCUUCAGCCAAGAAGCAACGGCAAAGGAUGUCAAGACCGCCGAACGUGCGAGCUUGAAUAAUAUCCUGAUGCAGUUGCGUAAAUGCCUUUGCCACCCCUUCGUCUACAGCAAUAGCAUCGAAGACAGAAAUGUCUCAGUUGGUGCUUCACAUCGAAACCUCGUCGAUGCCAGUGGCAAAUUGAAGCUUCUGGAGCUUUUGCUCCCCCGAUUACAGCAGCUCGGACACCGUGUAUUAAUUUUCAGCCAAUUUUUGAGCAUGCUCGAUAUGGUGGAAGACUUCCUCGAGGGCUUGACAAUGCGAUACAUGCGUCUGGACGGCCAAAUUUCCAGUCUGCAAAAGCAGAAACGCAUCGAUGCGUUCAACGCCCCGGAUUCGCCUUACUUUGCAUUUUUACUGUCCACUCGAGCGGGUGGUGUCGGUAUCAAUUUGGCCACAGCAGACACAGUGAUCAUCCUGGAUCCUGAUUUCAACCCUCAUCAGGACAUACAAGCUUUAGCUCGGGCACAUCGCAUUGGGCAGACCAAAAAAGUUCUCUGCUUCCAAUUGGUGACACGUGCAAGUGCUGAAGAAAGAAUCAUGCAAAUCGGUCGCAAGAAAUUGGCACUUGAACACUUGCUUAUUCGGUCAAUGGACACUGAAGAAGAAGCAGAUGAGAAUGAGCUUUCCUCUGUUUUGCGACAUGGUGUGGCCGAGCUCUUCGAAGAUAACGGGGAACAAGACAUCGUCUUUGAUGCUUUUAGUAUCGACAGACUGCUGGAUCGUUCUCACAUUGAAGCACCCCCGCAAGGCGAAGGUCAAUCCGUCGAGAACCAAUUCUCAUUUGCCAAAGUCUGGGCCAAUGACAAAGCUGCUUUACAAGACGCCGAACAGGACCUUGUUGAGGAGGCACCAGACCCGGGUAUGUGGGUAAACAUCCUCAAAGAACGAGAGCGCAUUGCUGCAGAGGAGGCCGCAGCCAAAGCGGUUACCUUCGGGCGUGGACGACGUGCUCGCCAAAACGUUGAUUAUGCCGGCAAUGUGCAACCUGAAGUCGAUCUUGACGAGGCAAUCUCGACGAAUAAACGUGGACGCAGGCGUGGUGAGAAUGAUGAGAGUGAUACUGACUUCCAGGACGACGAUAGCGACGGCGAUGACGACGUGGCAAUUGUGCCAGGAGAAGAUGCUGUUGGCACAGGUGAAAUCAGUGAGCUGACUGUGCAAUCCAAUCCCAAGCCAUCGACUGGGCUCAGCAAGCCAGGUAAGGCCGAUUCUACUAUUACUACUACCCCAACAUCCAACACCAAAACAUCGAAGUCUCUCAAAGGGCCUCCUAUGCGUUCGCACACCAAAGCCAAAGCAGCGCUCGGGACUUCGUUCAAGGUAGCAAAGAACAAGAGCGCUGCAGGCCAGAUCAGGCAUCCUGGCCAGGGGAUUUCACCAAUCAAAACAUCCAGCAAGCCAAAAGAUGUCGCGUCACCGAAGCAAUACCAGUGUGAAGACCUGAAGCUUACAGUCUCUAUAGCAGCACCGGAGUUCCGCCGAGUCAUCCCAGUGAAUGUGGAGCCCGUCACAACUGGAGUGGCCGACGCCGAAUUGAACGACAGCAUCAAGUGCCGCGCUUGUCAGACAUUUCACCAGGUCGGCAGCUGUCCUCUCAAGAUCGCUGGCGUGGAGCACUGUGGUCUCUGUGGAAUUGCACAUUUCGGCCACGCCCGAGUGUGUCCACACAUCCAAUCCGAGACACAGGUCCGCGCCAUGCUCGAAGCACUGAAAUAUUCCACCGAACCCGAACAUCUCAUCAAAGAGGCCAAACGCUACCUCACCGGCGUCAAGGGCCACCUCGUGCAGAUGAAGAAACAGGCCGAGACGAAGCGCCUCGAGCAGGAAGCCCAGCAGGCUGCUAUGGCAUAUACCGAUCCGAAUGCGCCAUCAUGGCAAUAUCAAGGGAAUGUUUAUAUGGGAGGAGGAGGUGGCAUUGGUGGUGGUGGUGGUGGUGGUUAUCAGGUUGGGAACUCCUCUUUGGGUAUGCACCAUCCACCACCAGGAGGUGCAGGACAGUAUCAGGGGCAUGCGGCACAAUUUCCACGAGUUUAG